AUGUUAUGUGCUUGUAUAAGACGGCUACGAACGGAGGCCCAGAACGAUCCCACCGGGACACUCGUUCUAAGGCUCUGGGAUCGAAAUCGUCUGAUGCUUCUGCCAACAAAUGUUUUAACCGAUGAAAAUUAUGUAACCGAGGAAGAAGACGAUUAUCAGUGGUGGACCGAGGAGGACCUGUGGAAGUUUCCCCCGCCGCCUCCCCGUCCACCGUUCCUGGAGCCCCCUUAUCCGGACGGCCUGACCACUUGCGACCUGUGCACAUGGGCCCUACAACCUCUAGACGGCACUGACAACGGUAUGUUGACAGUUCCCAUUGCCGAGGUGACGUGGCCCAUGAUAUUGGUCUUGGUGUCGUUGCUGUCCGCCGCCAUCGGCGCCCUCUUCAUGGUCGUCUUCCUACACCUAAAACUACGACUUUCCGGACGCACAGCGCCAUCUCGGCCAGAAUGUUUGGUGUCGUUCGAUCCGCCCACGGACCGGGUGCACCACCAUCACCACCAUCAGCAGUUGCACCACCACCAGCGGCAGAUCGCCCAGAUAGCGGCGGGGGACCACCACCACCUGAACCACUUGAACCACAUGAACCAUCUGAACAACCAGCUGAACAACCGUCGCGCCGGCCCAAUCGUCCGUCGGUCUGGCGGCCCGGACGGCACGUCGUCCAUCAAGCACACGGGACCGGGACGGCCGUCGGGUGGUGGUGGCGUCCGUAACGGCAUCGGUGGUGGUGGUGGUGGGGGCGGGGGAGUCGGUGGGGGCCUCAUCGGAGGCAUGAUCGGCGGGGGUGACGACGGUGGUGUCGGCGGCGGUGGCGUCGGGCAUCAGCUGUCCGUGAACCCGGGCGAUUGGUUCCGGUGGUUCCGUCGGAAACGCGGCGCCGUGCUGCCGCCGGACGCCGUGCCGUCCAAUCAGAACGCCGUCCGGGCCAACCAUUACACGGUCGAAGAAGCUGCCGCUGCCAUACCGGUGGUGGUGUACGCGUCCGUCAUCGGUGGAGGCCAGGAUGACGGGCCGCACAACAUGUCACCACCGCCACUGUCGACCGCCGACGACGUGCUGUACACCGAACUGGACCGGGUACCGACGCCCGCUUACCACAACGCCGGUUACGCGUUCGACCAGCACAGCAGCGCCUACUACUCGGACAUGUACGAGCCAAUCGACCCUUAUCACAAUCAUCAUAACCAUCAGCGGCAGAACUCGCUGCCGUCCGACUACGUCUGA